UUAGAAGAAGAAAACAAAAAAAAAAAUAAUCUGAACCAAUGGACUGCAGACAUAAUGCAGGAAAUAACCAGAGACUGCGGACAUAGUACAGGAAAUGACCAGAGACUGCGGAUAGUACAGGAGAUGACCAGAGACUGCGGACAUAGUACAGGAGAUGACCAGAGACUGCGGACAUAGUACAGGAGAUGACCAGAGACUGCGGACAUAGUACAGGAGAUGACCAGAGACUGCAGCAUAGACAGGAGAUACAGGAGAUGACCAGAGACUGCGGACAUAGUACAGGAGAUGACCAGAGACUGCAGACACAGUACAGGAGAUGACCAGAGAAUGCGGACACAGUACAGGAGAUGACCAGAGACUGCGGACACAGUACAGGAGAUGACCAGAG